AUGGAGUGGCUUGGCCGAGCCAAGAUCAGCUUCACGGCCUCGCCGAACCCGCUCGGCUUGAGGGAGAAGGAUGGCAAGCUGACCGACCUGCUCCGGAUAUGCGAGGCCGCCGUGCCGCCGUGCCAGCUGAACCCCCUGCUCUUCAACGGGCACGCCCAGACGAUGUGGACGGCGACCGCGUCGCACGCGCCCCCGCUGCACUACAGGCGACGCAUCUUCGAGGCCGACCACGCCGAGUUCAACGGCAGCUUCGCCGUCGACUUUGCCGUGCCCCCUUCCCCCGACUCCGACCGCUCCGGCGGCCAGCCGGCCCCGGCUUCCGACCCCUCCCUGCCGCCAAGGACGACCUACCUCGCCGAGCCAGAGCUCGCAGCCAUGGGCUCCGCCGACGGCCGGCCCAUGCUUGUCGUCCUGCACGGCCUGUCGGGCGGCUCGCACGAGAUCUACCUGCGCUAUGCGAUCGCGCCCCUCAUCGACAGCGGCAAGUGGGAAGCCUGCGUGGUGAACUCGAGGGGUUGUGCCAAGAGCAAGAUCACCACGGGCCUGCUCUACAACGCGAGAGCCACCUGGGACGUCAGGCAGGUAGUUAACUGGCUCAGAAAGACGUAUCCCAAUCGGCCCCUGUUUGGCUUGGGGUUUUCGCUAGGCGCCUGCAUACUUACGAACUAUCUCGGCGAGGAGGGUGCUGCUACUCCUCUCAAGGCUGCGGUUGUAGUUGCGAACCCCUGGGCACUCCACAUCUCGUCGAAGAUGCUCCAGAGCACGUUUAUUGGGCACCACGUGUACCAGAGAGUGCUCGGCAAUGCCAUGAGGUCCCUCGCGAUGCGACACAAGCAGGAGCUUGACAAGUACACGAACAUCGACACGGAGCACCUGAACGGGCUGCGGUUCCUAUGGGAGUUCGACCGGGCCUACCAGUGUCCGACGUGGGGUUACCCAACCGAAGAAGCCUAUUAUCGUGACGCCUCAAGCUCCGACUCGCUGCUGGCUGUGCGGGUGCCUCUGCUCGCCCUCAACGCCACCGAUGACCCCAUCGCCUGCAACGCUGCCCUGCCCUACGCCGAGGCCGCGACGACCCCUUACGCCGUCCUCUGUACCACCUCUCUCGGCGGCCACCUCGGUUGGUUCGAGGUCGGCGGUGGCCGCUGGCACACGAAGCCCGUUUGCAAUUUCCUCAAUCACAUGGCGUUCGAGGUGGACCUCGACAGCAUAAAUCACGACGCCGACGGGAAGCCGAACUCAGGGAACCCCAAAGUCGGAACCCACUUCGACCCGGUGCGACGCAAGAUGCAGGUGAAACUGAACCAGUAG